AUGCGCUCUAUCAAACUUUUAAGGGAGUACUUGAGAGGUUUGAAACCCCUUUAGUGACUUUGAAGAGUUUUUUUACGCCGCAACCUUUUAUCGCUCGGAACUUUAAAUAUUUUCCAUGAGUUUGUGCUUUAUAUGAGAUUUCCAGCUUCCCAGCCAUCAAAUUUUGUUUUUUUCAAUUCCGGUCCGCAGGCUCUUGGUCCUUCAGUUAUUUAUGGGAAUGUUGUACGUUUUUGUAUCUCCAUUUCUUUUAAAUUCAACGCUUUUAGUGUAUGUCGUACCUUGCACAAAAUGCGAUUGGUUCACAGUUCAUCGCAGAAAGGUAAUUGAUCGAUCUUCCUAGUGAUGUCCUUGAAGAUAACAGCCCAUUCGGCGGUAGUUUUUUGCGGUUGCAGUGUACCUGAACCGUUACUAAUUGUAGAAGUUUGGUCUAAAUUGAAUAACUUCUUCAGAUUUGUUUGUGCGUGCCUUAAUAAUAGAUCUUUCUACUCUUUUUUCCCAGACGUGUUUCCGGUAUUUGCUCACGUAUCCUUUUCUCACAGCCUUAUAUUCUUUCGGCGUAUACUUUUUCUUGUUUUUGCUUUCUGGUUUCUAUGAGUGCAGUUGAAAUCUCUGAAAUUAAGCUCUUAAAAGAAAGGUAGCAAGCCUUUUUAUUUCGAAGCUGGCCAAGAAUUGGACAAAUGUAGUAGCCUUUAAUAGCGUUUUUUAACUUUGAAAUGUAUUUUUUCGAAUAAUGGGAAUUUUCGCAGUUGAAUACUAUCAUAAUGCUUAUCUAGCGUUUCAAAAAGCUCGAUUUUUAGAUAAUUCCAAACAAAAAGCUAAUUUUCAAUUCUUGUGGGUCCAAUAAAAAAGAAAGUUUCCACGCAAUUUUCAACAGUCUGAACUCUUUCAAGAACCAAGAAAAACAAGUUUUGCUUUUUAUCGCCGAUCAAUACAUUGCAUGUCGGUUCAUCGGCUACUAACACGCGUGUCCGAUAACAUUUUCCGACAAAUUUGUUUCAUUUUCAAGUUUUGUACCCUGUUUUUUUAGCAAUGUCCCGCGGAAAGGUGAUCGUCUACGGCGGGAAGGGCGCUCUCGGUUCCACUAUUUUGGAACAUUUCAAAAGAAAAACGACUUUGUGGGUCAUUCUUUGAACAUACUCCAUUCGUCGCAGGCUUGGGGAUUCUUUUGAAAUUCUCCUUUUUUAUACUUUUUUUUUGACUGAAGAUUUUCUUGAAUGUAAUUUCAAGCCAGCGGUGACUGAACUAUAAGCUCGCAAGUUCACAUCAAAAAAAAAAAAAAAUGCAAAUUUACAUUUUCAAGUGGGUGCUGAACAUCGAUCUGAGCACCAACGACCACGCGGACGGAAAUAUCCUGGUCAGCGGGGAUUCCUGGACCGAACAGGAGAAAACCAUCACCGCAGAGUGGGUUUUGGUCCGCUUAAAUCAUCAAAAAAAGAAAGGUCCAAGCGGAAGUCUCGAGAUAAAAUAUUGACGUCGAAAAUCUCCUUCGGGAGAAAAACCUGAUCUUUUAAGCGCAAACGUGUCCCGAUUUGGAAUAAAUCAAAAAGAAUGAGUGAUGAUUCAAUGGCAAUCCAUCUUUCGUCACCUUCGUUUAUAAAUAAGUUGAUUUUCGAGGAAAUUAGAUUGAAAUGAUGAGACUGAAGAUAGUUAUAGUUGAAAAAAAUGGACUUAUAGAAAUUGUAAUACCGUACGUGACUGGCGGCGCUUGCGGGACAAUUUCGAUUUUUUUAAAAAUUAAACCCUAAAGAGGCGGUAAAACCGCUUGAAAAACUUAGAAUCGUCUGAAAAGAGAGGUCGUUGUACUUUCCGCUUGGAAUUUUCAACCUGCAAAACUUCCUCGUUUUUUAGAAAAAACGCCUCUAAGGCAAAGAAAAUCCUCAAAAUCUAUUAUUUUGGGCUUUGAGGCCCUUAUUUCUCGUAGAAUAGAAAAUUUGGAAGGUUGGGAAGAAUUUUUUGAAAGCUCAGUUUCAUGAAGCUUUCCGCAUGUAGUGUUUUGAUAAAAGGUACUGUAUAAAAUUGAAAAUUAUUGUCCUUUUUUUGAAAUUCUAACUGUUUCUCUCUCUUCCAGGGCAGAGAAGCAUCUGUCCGCUGCUAGUGUCGAUGGAAUUUUCUGUGUUGCCGGCGGCUGGGCGGGCGGAUCGGCCUCAUCCAAGGACUUCAUCAAGAAUGCCGAGCUAAUGUGGUCGCAGUCGGUGGGACCACGGGAACAGACUUUGUGGAAAAAGUGAUGUUUUGAGGUGUGGAGCAGCUCGAUCGCGGCGAAACUCGCCUCACUCUACCUGAAGCCAAAUGGGGUGCUCCAGCUCACCGGCGCUGCUGCGGUUCGUUCUCAGACUUGCUUCUCAUUUGAAAAAGUUUGACUUCUCUGCAAGGUUCCGUAUCAGGAACUUCAGAGUGGUCCCUGAGGUCCACCUCUAGGGAGCAAUUAACCUCCCCCUAUAGGGUUCGCUAAAACUCGCAAAAGUGGCCCCAUUAGGGAACAUAUUGAUCGAUUAUUGUUAAGAGAUUUGUGAGAAGAAGAAAACUUGAAAAAUUAGCUUUAUUUUAAUGCAAAGUAGUUUUCGAAUAUGUGCUCAAACCUUGGUAACGCGCCCCGAAUAUGUCGGAACGUUUCUAGUGGCCACUUUAGUAGCGUCAGCACUCUUAAGUGAUCCCUAGAAUUGCUCAAGGACGUCCGGUGGUCCGACUUUCUUUCAAAUUUCGACAAGAAAAAUAAAAGACCCCUAUAAUCACCUGAAUUUCGUCCCUAUGAAAGGCUUUUAAUGUCCCAUGAAGAGACUGUUUUUCCCCUAACUCCUGUAGGGACCACUCUGGCGUUUCUAAGUUGGCGUAGUACAAAUUACAGGUUUUUUUUCCCUCUCCUAACUUUAGAUUUCAACAACUGAAUUAAAAAUCUCAAUUAAGUAUUUGUAGGCCACUGACGGCACUCCUGGAAUGAUUGGUUACGGAAUGGCCAAGGCGGCGGUUCACCAACUGACCAAGUCGCUCGGCGCCAAGGACAGCGGCCUGCCAGAAGAGGCGAGUGUCUUGGCCUUGCUGCCAGUCACUUUGGACACGCCGAUGAACAGAAAGUGGAUGCCCAAGGCGGAUCAUUCAACGUAAGUUAUUGUGGUGGAUUUCUGAAGCUAUUUUUUUCAUCGUCUAUCAAAAUUGGUUCAAAAAAUAUCAUUGAGUAUCGAGAGAAUAAGGAAAAAUGUUUAAAAUAUUCAAACUCUAGUUUUUUCGCCUUUUUUCCUUGGAGCGUACUUGCUCCUACAAAAUCGGAAUGGUGGAUAAUGGCCGCAGAAAGGCAUGUAAAAGAGUCCCUUCAUUCCCAUUUUUGCUGGGAUUUUGAAGGCUCGAGAAAUGGUGGAGAAAGGGAGAGGCAGCAAAAUGGUGCAUAAAAGCCGAUGAAAUGGCGCAAAAAGGCAUCAAAUAAGGAACCUUUUUCCCUCUAAACAGGAAGUUUCUAUGGAGCCUUUUUCCACCCUUCUCAAACUUUGCCUAUGUUGGAAUUUGACAAAUUAGCCUUUAAAAAUAGCCGCAAGAAAAGAUCAUGAUCACAAAAAAAGCCGAGAAAAAAUGAUCCGGAAAGGAGACGAAUAUAAAUAAAGAAGCACAGACUACAGUCUAGUUUUAGGUCAUACAAGACCUUUGCGCCUUUAAACUUCCCAGUAAUGACUUCCAAAAAAUAAAUUUCGCACAACUUCUUGGAAUUUUACAGAUGGACCCCAAUGAGCUUCAUCGCUGAAACUCUCCACAAAUGGACAACGGAGCCAGGUUGUCGACCAGCCACCGGAAGUCUUCUCAAACUAACCACCGCCGACAACGAAACCAUCAUCGAUCCCCAAUAA